AUGGCGAUUUCGCGUUGGAUUUUGGACGUAGCCCUUCAGCUCGUGGUCAAGGCAACGCUCAAUAGAGGACGCUUCAUGACGUAUGCCCAGCAAUGGCCGGCUCUGACAGGCAUGGUUCUCAUAUGUUGGUUUGGGAAUGAUAUCAGGAUCGAAACCAACAGUUCAAGACGAUACGCUUCCAGCUUAUACCUAGCAUUUCUUUGCAUCGCAACGCUCAUUUCUCAUACCAUCCGCUCCAUAAAUACACCAGCAGCUGAGAGUCCUCAGCUGUUAUUGCUCGACGCACUCUCUACGACAAUAGUCCUGCUCUAUGCCCUCUGUGUCCCUGCGAACGCUACGUCAUCUAACAGCCAAGCUAUAGACAGAGAGCGAACAGUUUCCACUCUAUCAAGGCUAUCAUUCUCAUGGUUUCCCUUUCAUAAAACCCACGCAAAGUCUGAUGAUUCUAUCCGGCUGGACGAUUUGCCGUCGAUGCAUCACGACUUUCGUGCCAAAACUCUACGGCGGCAGCAUCAGCUAAUGGCGUCUAAGUCCGCCCCGCUCUGGAAGCAGCUUCUGCAAACAUUUAGCACGACGUUAUGUCUACAGUGGCUGCUUGUGGUUAUGAAAGCAAGCGUUGAGUUUGGUAGCAGACUAACCCUCCAUCAUUUGUUGCAACAUCUCGAGUUGGCCAGCCAGCAGAGUACGCCGGCGACUUGGACAUGGGCUGUUAUCUUUUGCAUAAGCCAGCUCAUGGAGACUACUGUUGGGCGGGCACUCAGCUGGGUUACUCAGAUGAAGCUAGAGAUGCCUGUCAUAAAUCUUUUAAAUGUGCUUAUCUACCAAAAGUUGCUCAACAAGAAGCAUACAGUACAGCACGGAGAGAGCGCCAAAAGGUCUGCACAAACGUAUCAAACUACCAUACCAGACAUGAUCUCCAAUGACAGUUCUACUGUAUCGCAAGUCUGCGGUACAGCCUACCAAUUCCCAUUGGCUGCACUAAAACUGCUUUUUGACGGCGUAUAUCUCACACGUCUCGUUGGUAUAGAGCCCAUUGUCACAGCUGCCGCUGCUUCUGUUGUCAUAAUCCCCAUUUCAGUCCGACUCACAAAACAGCACGGAUUGCUGCGGUCCAACUUAUCCAAGAAGCAUGCCGAGUUGAUGGGCAGCGUCUCUGAGGCGCUAGACAGUCUACACAAAAUCCGGCUCUCUUCCAUGGAGGACUUAUGGCAGGCCAAGCUGUUUUCUCUUCGCGCUGCAGAAGUUAGCUACAUAUUUUGGUGCGGUGCAGCCCUCGCGGCAUCGACCUUUGCAGCGAGCCUGAGCUCCGUUCUUCUUACGUCCGUCACGCUAUCCGUGUACUCGUACAGAACUGGAUCUCUGGCACCGUCGCUGGCAUUUGCUGUACUGGCGCUUUUUAGCGACUUUGACGCAAUCUUUCGCAGCCUGCCCGGCCUAGCGAAUGAAUUAUAUGCUUCUUGGAUGAGCUGCCGGCGAAUUGAAGAGUAUCUGCAACAAGCCGACCACGUUGCCAAGUAUAAAACAGGCCAUUGUAUUGAGCUACAGAAUGCGACGCUGUCUUGGGAUGAGCGAAAUGCAGAAGGAUUCCGGUUGGUGAGUGUUAACCUUACAUUUCCAAUUGGUAAGCUGUGCAUCAUUCAAGGAAACAUCGGUUCAGGGAAAACGCUGCUGCUCAAUUCCAUUAUUGGAAACGCCGAUAUUAAAUCUGGAACUCUAUUCAGGCCUGAAGCAGCGUCAUUAUUUACACGCGAUGAUGUUCAAGAUACUUCCGUCGCCGUUGUCUCGCAACCGCCCUGGAUUGAGAACACAGCUAUCAAGGAAAACAUCCUUUUUGGGAAUGUGUACGAUGAAACCCGCUAUCAAAGAGUGAUACGAGCCUGUGCAUUGGAGCAUGAUCUGGCUGGGCUGGCUCUGGGUGAUGCCACUCCUUCUGGCCUCAGUGGUGCUGCUCUCAGUGGCGGCCAGAAGUGGCGUGUUGCCCUCGCCCGUGCUCUUUACUCUCCGGCGAGUAUCUUGGUUUUUGAGGAUAUUCUCAGUGCUGUCGAUGUAUCUGUUGCCAACUGGUUGUGUCAGCAUGCAUUGACGGGGGAUCUUGUCCGCGGUAGAACCGUCAUCCUUGCGACGCAGCACGCGCAUUUGUGUUUGCCGGCAGCUUCUUAUCUUGUCACCAUUGAAGAUGGUCGAGUUGUGGGCGAGAUGAGAGAAACUGUGCCUCUCCAGUUGACUCCGUCUGCGUCUGUGCCAGACAUGUCCUUGCCAACAACUACCAUUAAUGCUAUUCCCUCUAAAAAGCAAUCUUCCAACAAAAAGACCACACCAGCUUCAACUCCUGGCCAUGGCCUUCAACACGUAGCCACGAAAUAUCUUGGUGCAGCAGGCGGCUUUGGCACUGUCCUCUCAAUCAUUGUCAUUCUUCUAAUCUCGCAGGCAGCUUCGGCUGGUAGCACCUGGUGGCUAUCCAGGUGGACACUAGGCGGGACGCACUAUAGUCUCAACUAUUCUAUCCUCAUUUACAUGACCCUAUCUGUAGCAGGCAGCGUCAUGUUUUCCAUCAAAUCUGUCGCAUUCUGCGCCAUUGGAUUGGCUGCUUCCUCGAAGCUGUUUCAAGAUUCAGUACACAAUAUCCUCAAGGCACCCAUGUCCUGGAUAUCGACCACUCCAACGGGGAAUCUCUUGCAGAGCUUCGGCAAGGAUCUCUACGAGCUGGACCAUCGGCUGGGCAUGCAGCUCGGAAAUGUUGGCUGCUAUAUUUUCCACAUGUCAUUGAUCAUCUACACCAGCUUCAAAUCGGCGCCAAAGCCCCUUAUUUGCACCAGUUUCAUCUUCCUCUUUUACAUUCGAGUAGCUUCGGUGCACUUCCGUGUCUCCAGGAAGCUCAAAAAGCUUAUACCACUGAGCAGCCGCCCCAUCCUGCAGCACGUCAACUCAACAGUAUCCGGCUUGCCUGUUAUUCGAGCAUUUGGGCGUGGGAGGCACUAUCUAGAUCGAUUCUACCAACUCUUGGACUCAGGCACACGCGUCGGUUGGCAUCUCUCGCUAAGUAUCCAGUGGAUGCAGUUCCGCAUCGGCAUCAUUGGCAACCUCUUUGUAGCGGUAACGACCAUGAGUCUUAUUUGGCAGCAUGCAAAUGCUUCUAUAGCUGGCUUCACGAUUACAUUGGCUCUGCAGCUCAAGACGUCGCUGGCCGGCAUGGUUAGCAGAAUAAAUAGCGUCUACAUGGGGGCCACGGCUGUGGAUCAUUUGUUGGACCUCGUCGAGAUGCCUACUGAGCCAACUGAUGGUACGGAGCCAUCCGUACAUUGGCCCUCUAAAGGAAAGAUUGAGCUUUGCGAUGUGUCUGUCUCAUACGGAGAAGAGAAUGCGUUGAGUAAUAUUUCCUGUAGCAUCCUUCCUGGGUCCUGGUUUGGUGUCGUUGGCCGAACAGGGGCCGGUAAAACAAGUCUGACGAAUAGCAUAUUACGGAUCGUUGAGGCAAAGAGUGGUCGCAUUCUGAUUGACGGUGUUGACGUAUCCUCGCUGCCUCUAAGGCGGCUACGUGCAAGUAUUACCGUCAUCCCACAGGAUCCGUUUAUGUGGUCGGGGACGCUGCGGUCGAAUCUUGAUCCGAGUGGCCAUGCGCAAGAAACGCAGGUCCAAGAAGCCGUUAGACAGGUCCGACUCUUUGAACAGGGAGACGGUGACAGCAGCACAGAGGUUGACUUAGACCUGCACAUCGAUCAAGGCGGUACCAACUUGUCCCACGGCCAACGUCAGCUCCUUUGUUUAGCGAGAGCCAUUCUAACAGGUACUACACGUAUCUUGAUCUUGGAUGAAGCAACCAGCGCCAUGGACAGACAGUCAGAUGCGCUCGUUGAACAAGUCAUACGAGAGCGGUUCUCGGAUGCAACGGUGAUUGUAGUGACGCACCGACUUCCCAGCGUAGCCAAGUGUAAUGAUAUCAUGGUUCUUGACAGUGGGCGUAUCGUUGAGAUGGGAUCUCCAAAAGGACUGCUCAAAGCAAAGAGUGUUUUCUAUAGCAUGGUGAUGCAGAGCGAUGACGCUGAAGAGAUUCUAUCUGCCGUAGACGCGCCAUAGAGCUCGCAGAGGAAAG